AGACAGGUUUUCUUUUAAUUAAACAUAAUAACGAAACUUACAAAUCAAAACAAUAAACAAACAACAAGCCUGCGAAACGUGAACUUUCUCGCUAUCCUCUUCCUCCUUCGUCCGUUAAUUGCCUAUCUUUGACCUCACCACUACUUCCACAUAAGGGUAGUAUUGGAUCAAUUUAUUAUGGAUCCCUCUAUGACGGUUGUUGCGGCGAUCAACAAAGACAAACUUCUAACAGGACCACAGUUACAUCAAGCUGUCGAUCAACUCACAGCGGAUGCUCAAUCUGGAUAUAAUGUACAUCAAAACAGGGACAAUUUUCAAGAACGGGCACUCAGAGAUGUUACAAUGAGCAGCAGCGACUCAGCCUUGACGCUGGACCCGAAUAACCCCAUUCUUGUACGAGAAGAAAUGAAAGCUCAGAAAGACUAUUUUCGAAAACUGAAAUUCACGUAUCUUGAACAAGAUGCAAAGCGCCAUUUUUUGGCAUCAAUAACAGGAGACGAGCCUCAGCGGGUAGAACCAGGCGAAAACGAGGAACGAGAGUUAAUCAAUGCGGAAAAGAAGGAGCGUUUGAAAGCCGUCAAAGCUGAUAUCGAAGAUAUGCGGACAGAAUCCGUCAAACUGGCCGAGGAGAAUGCCAAGAAGCAUGAGGAGAUGUCCCAGCAAUUGGUUGAAGCUCAAGCUCUGCAAAAGCAGAUCAGGGAUAUGGAACUCGAGCUGGCAAGGAUCAAGGCGACUCAUCCACCGGAGAAUAGAAUGACAAUCAACCAAGCAAAUGAUACUUUGGACUCCCAAAUCGUCGAAAUCCAACAAUUAACGGACGAGCGAGAGGCCACUCAAGCGCAAAUAGAUCAAACGAGGGAAGCAGUCGCCAGAAUCGCUAAGGAGCUUCAGCGUUUGAGUAAAGAUCGAGAACGAGAAGAAGCAAGAGCGAAAGAAGUGCGAGAAGGCAGAGAAGCAGGUGAUACCAAGGUGGACGAUAUCUGCCGUUGGCUUACAUCUUCCAUUUCAUUUUACCGAUCAUUGCUCGGUAUUCGUUCGGUUCAAGCAGUGUCGGACACAGAAUUACAUCUGGAAUAUGACGUGCCUCAAGGGCCAGUUAUCCUGAUUAUGAAGUUUGAUGAACUGACCAAACGUCUCGCCGACGCAGCUCUUGUUGGCAGCGAUAUCGAUGUCGCCGAAGCUGUCGGGAUCGCAGUUGGAAGCAACGACGUGCCAGGAUUGAUUGCGGAUGUACUUGCGCGUCUGCGACCAUGAUAUUUAUCAGUACUAGAGCCUUUGAAAGUGGAUAGCUAAUGGUAAAACUACGCUUGAUUGGUCUACAAGUGUACUUAAUAAUGUAAUUUGUCAUUCAUAACCUCAGUAGAAGGACGUAAGUAAUCACAAAGUCAGAGAACUCCGACGGUUAUGUGAGGUGGUUUGUCCUUCGCAAGAACAUAUUGAUUAUCCAGGGGUCUGUGCCACACGAGACGAAAGUGGAUAACGUGAUACGAUCCAGGCUGAACUUCUUCGUCAUGCUGUGUUUUUCUUAAGACUUGCAGCCGGCAGUAGUGAUACACAGGCCUACGACACUUCUUCAAUGUUCUCUUCUCGUUCGCCUGUCGGCUGUCAUACAAAAAUGACUUGCCGUCCGUGAUUUACUCUUAAUUGAUUUCAGAUAUCAAUGAAAGCUUAGCUACUGAUAAAUAGUAGAUAAAAGCAUUCGAAA